GAAAAAUUGUCAUAAAACCGACUUUUACUGCGAUUGUGAUAAUAAAAAAGAAAAUUAUGAAGAAAAUAUUUGUUAUUUUGCGUCAUAAAAACAACCAUCAUAGAAGAUAGAGAAGAUAAGUCAGCCAAAAUGAUUAGAUGACGAUAAGAGAAGUUUAAGGAUUGAAGUGAAAAUUGUAAAAAUAUAAAAAGUUAAAAAAUAAAAAAAAAAAAUUAAACAAAGUGCAAUCACCUAAAAAAAAUUUUAUACAAUAAAUAACUUAUAUAACCCUAAUAUAAAAAUAAUCGAAAAAUAACAAAUAAAUUGUGGUUACUUAUCUAAUCUGUAUUCAUAAAUGAAUUAAACCUUUUUAAUCAAAAUAUUGAUUUAUUUCCUAUUUAAUGGAUUAAAAUUGUGAAUAAAAUUUUGUAAAAUGAAACGAAACGGCUCCGAUGUCACCCGAUUUACGGUUAUCAAGUCUGAAGACAAUUUGGCUGAACGCGAUGAACCAUCAGUAACGGAUACUUUUCUCGAUUCUCCGUCUCCCAUAGGUGAACCGGCAGACGAUCAACCAUUUGUAACAAAAACUAAAGAUGUCGAUACAAACUUAUAUCUUUAUUCGGAUGAAAUUCAUGAACGUCCUCAAAUUACUACGCUUAUAUCAUCGUUGGCCAAUUAUUCAAAUACAAUCCCGUCAGCUUCCGCUGAAGAUGAAGGUGCAGAGGGAAAAGGAGCUCCGCCAUCUGCCCAAAUGGGUACGCUUGUCGGUGUGUUCCUGCCAUGCAUCCAAAAUAUUUUCGGUGUCAUAUUAUUUAUUCGGUUAACAUGGGUUGUCGGUACAGCUGGAGCUAUUUGUGGAUUUUUAAUUGUACUUACAUGUUGUUGUGUGACUAUGCUAACGGCUAUUUCGAUGUCUGCGAUCGCAACCAAUGGCGUUGUACCGGCGGGCGGCAGUUAUUUUAUGAUAUCACGAGCACUUGGUCCGGAGUUCGGCGGCGCAGUAGGAAUGUUAUUUUAUACAGGAACGACCUUAGCUGCUGCCAUGUACAUCGUGGGUGCUGUUGAAAUUGUUUUGACUUACAUGGCGCCAUGGUUAUCAAUAUUUGGUGAUUUUACAAAAGAUCCUAAUAUUAUGUAUAAUAAUUUUCGUGUUUAUGGCUCCAUUUUGUUAGUCAUCAUGGGUUGUAUUGUGUUCGUUGGUGUAAAAUUCGUUAACAAAUUCGCUGGUGUCGCCUUGGCAUGUGUCAUUUUCUCCAUAAUUGCUGUUUACGUUGGCAUCUUUACAAAUAUCAAAGGAAAUGAUAAAUUACAUAUGUGCGUUUUGGGCAACCGACUGUUGAAGGAUAUAGACAUCGGUAAUUGUACCAAAGAUCGAGGCAGCGGAUUGUGGAAUAUUUUCUGUGAAAAUGGUGAAUGCGACGAAUAUUUCAAAGAGAGCAAUGCCACGGUUGUUAAGGGUAUUAGAGGAUUAGAAAGCGGAGUCUUGUUUGAAAACUUGAUGCCAUCCUUUUUGCAGGAUGGACAAUACAUUGCCUACGGACGUGAUCCAAAGGAUUAUGAAAAGACCAAAGAGAACAGUUACAACCAAGUUAUGGCUGACAUUACGACGACGUUUACUAUUCUCAUUGGUAUUUUCUUCCCAUCGGUAACAGGUAUCAUGGCUGGUUCAAAUCGUUCCGGAGAUUUAGCAGAUGCCCAAAAAAGUAUUCCCAUCGGUACAAUUUGUGCAAUUUUAACAACAAGUACGGUGUAUUUGUCGUGCGUCAUUCUCUUUGCUGGCACUGUGGAUAAUUUACUGUUGCGAGAUAAAUUUGGGCAAUCCAUUGGCGGAAAACUUGUGGUUGCGAACAUUGCUUGGCCAAAUCAAUGGGUAAUUCUAAUCGGUUCGUUCUUAUCAACACUCGGCGCUGGAUUACAGAGUUUAACGGGAGCUCCUCGAUUGUUACAAGCUAUUGCAAAGGAUCAAAUUAUACCGUUCUUACAACCUUUCGCUGUCUCAUCAAAGCGCGGAGAACCAACACGUGCUCUCUUGUUGACAUUGUGCAUUUGUCAAUGCGGAAUUUUGUUAGGAAAUGUCGAUAUCUUGGCACCUUUGCUCUCGAUGUUCUUCCUCAUGUGUUACGGCUUUGUGAAUCUUGCGUGCGCUGUUCAGACACUGUUGCGAACACCAAAUUGGCGCCCACGAUUCCGUUUCUACCAUUGGAUAUUAUCCCUAAUCGGCUUAACACUUUGCAUUAGUGUCAUGUUUAUGACAUCCGUUUUGUUUGCUUUACUUGCAAUGGGCAUGGCGUUGGUUAUCUACAAAUAUAUUGAAUAUCGAGGUGCUGAGAAAGAAUGGGGAGAUGGAAUUCGUGGUUUGGCUUUAUCUGCUGCCCGUUAUUCGUUGCUUCGUUUGGAAGAAGGUCCUCCGCACACAAAGAAUUGGCGCCCACAAAUUCUCGUUUUGUGCAAACUGAACAACGAUUUCAAGCCAAAAUACAAGAAACUCAUUUCGUUCGCGUCCCAAUUGAAGGCUGGAAAGGGAUUAACAGUCACUGUUUCGUGUAUCGAAGGUGACUAUUCGAAACGGAGCGGAGACGCGAUUGCUGCGAAGGAAUACAUGAAAAAAUAUAUAAAAGAUGAACGUGUCAAGGGAUUUGUCGAGGUUUUGUGCACGAAAGAUGUUGCCGAGGGAUUAUCUCAUAUCAUUCAAACAAUCGGCUUGGGUGGCAUGAAGCCAAAUACCGUGAUUCUCGGAUGGCCAUAUGGAUGGCGACAAAAUGUUGAUCGUCGUACUUGGCACGUAUUUUUGCAAAGCGUGCGACACGUAAGCUCUGCGAAAAUGGCACUUCUCGUACCAAAAGGUAUCAAUUUCUUCCCAAGCACAACCGAAAAGAUUUAUGGAACAAUCGACGUUUGGUGGAUUGUGCACGACGGAGGUCUUCUUAUGUUACUUCCCUUCCUCUUGAAACAAUGUCGCACAUGGCGUAAUUGCAAACUUCGCAUUUUCACAGUUGCCCAAAUGGAAGACAACUCGAUUCAAAUUAAGAAAGAUCUGAAAGUCUUCUUGUAUCAUCUUCGUAUCGAAGCUGAAGUUGAAGUUGUUGAAAUGAUGACAAGUGACAUAUCCGCAUAUACUUAUGAACGUACUCUCAUGAUGGAGCAAAGAAAUCAGAUGCUACGUGAACUCAGACUUAACAAGAAGGAAUCUUUAGGAGUGCUGUCAAAUGUGAAUGAUCUUAACGAUGCCAAUCAUGAGGUGCAAACAAUCAUCGACACUCAUCAUCAGGGUGAAAAGACAGCUACUAAAGUACGUUUUGCCGAGCCUGACGAACGCAAGGACGACUUAUUCAAUCACGAUGUUGAUGACGACGAUGACGAUACUGAUGUUCCGAAUGGAGGAGCUGUCGAAGAAAAGAACGAGAUUGAUCCCUCCGAAAUGGGUUACGGCUCUUUUAUUGAACAUAUUUGGACUGAAUCUGAGAAAGACAAAGAUACGAAGGAAAAUAACGCCGCAUCUGCCAAUGAUGAGAAGAAACCGGAAGAGAAACCAACUACAGAGGAAAAAGUUGCAGCAACAACAACGGAAAAACCCCCGUCUGCUAUUAAGGACAAAGAAAAAGAACAGAAGAGCGGAGGAAUGAGACCUGAUGAAGCCAAUGUUCGUCGCAUGCACACGGCUGUGAAACUAAAUGAAGUCAUCGUUAACAAGUCAAAUGAUGCCCAACUUGUUAUCUUGAAUCUGCCAGGACCUCCGAAAGAAACGCGCCCAGAUCGAGAAUGCAGUUAUAUGGAAUUCCUUGAAGUUCUCACCGAAGGACUCGAACGAGUAUUAAUGGUACGAGGAGGAGGACGAGAAGUUAUUACAAUCUACUCUUAAAUUGUCGAUCCAUACGCUCAAGAAACCAGAAACAUAACAAUUAACAUACUCAACAUAAAAUACGAAAUAUGAUUAUUUAAAAGUAAAAAAAAAAUUGAGAGAACUAUGUCCCGCCUCAACUCAACAAAUAUCGCAAUUUUUCGUACUUUCAGACACAACAAAAAAUAUAUACGAUAUAUU